ACUGCGGGCUGCUAAGUAUAGAGGGAGCUUCGUUAGAAGAUCCUGCGCAUGCUCAGAUAUUUUCUUCCCCCUGAACGGAGCGUUCUUGUUUCUUAGCAACCUGAAGUGAUGCAUUGUGGGCUUGAGAGUUUAGGCCCUAUACUUGGGAACAACGAGGGCCCCCUGCGGCCCCGUCGUCGCUUUUCUUUUCCGAGGUGUAGCCGCCUUGCUUGGGAAGGGCCAGACGAAGAAACCGCGUUAAUGGGAGGAAAGCUAAGAUUCUGAUCGUUUCAAUCAUUGCUGGCGGUUCUCGACCUUGGAACGACUCACCCAGGUUAAAAUGAUGAAAAACGUCCACCUGGCACCCGAAACAGAUGAGGAUGAUCUUUAUUCUGGUUACAAUGAUUAUAACCCUACUUUUGAUACAGAGGAUUUAGAGAAUGAUCCAGCUUUUCAACAGGCUGUGAAAACUAGCCAUGGUAGAAGACCUCCACUUACAGCCAAGGUUCCAGGUACAUCAGGUGCACGGACUUUAGCUACAGGGUAUGUGUCAAAGACAACAUUAUCUUCAUCAAUGGGCAGACCAAUGACAGCAGCUAUACAGGAUGGUGUUACCCGACCUAUGACAGCAGUGCAGGCAGCAGGUUACACCAAAGCAGCUUCAAGAGGUUCUGCAUUUGAUCCUCUCGGCCAGGCAAGAGGUCCAGCUCCUCCUCUGGAAACAAAAAAUGAAGAUAGUCCAGAAGGAAAGAUUAAACAGUUAGAAAAAAAAGUGAAUGAGUUGGUUGAAGAAAGCUGCAUUGCUCACAGCUGUGGAGAUUUAAAAUUGGCUCUAGAAAAGGCAAAAGAUGCUGGAAGAAAAGAAAGAGCCUUAGUAAGGCAACGAGAACAGACAAUGUCUCCUGCUAAUAUUAACCUUGAUCUUACUUAUACUGUGCUCUUCAAUUUGGCUAGCCAGUACUCUGCUAAUGAAAUGUAUGCAGAAGCAUUGAAUACAUAUCAGGUCAUCGUGAAAAACAAAAUGUUCGUCAAUGGAGGUAUGCUGAAGGUGAACAUGGCAAAUAUUUAUUUGAAACAAAGGAACUAUUCAAAAGCCAUCAAGUUCUAUCGGAUGGCUCUAGAUCAGAUUGCAAGUGUCCACAAGGAGAUGAGGAUUAAAAUAAUGCAGAACAUUGGAGUUGCAUUUAUUAAAACUGGCCAAUAUACUGAUGCCAUUAGCUCAUUUGAGCACAUUAUGAGCACAUCACCAAACCUGAAAGCGGGCUUCAACUUGAUCCUGUGCUACUUUGCUACUGGAGACAGAGAUCAAAUGAAAAAAGCCUUCCAAAAACUGCUUGCUGUUCCACUGGAAAUUGAUGAUGAUGACAAGUAUAUGUCACAAGGAGAUGAUCCACAUACAAACUUGUUGAUAGAAGCUAUUAAGAAUGAUAGCUUACGGCAAAUGGAAUGCGAAAGGAAAGCUACAGCAGAAAAGUAUAUUAUGACAGCUGCUAAACUAAUUGCUCCAGCAAUUGAAACUUCAUUUGCAGUAGGCUAUGACUGGUGUGUAGAAAUGGUAAAAACUUCUCAAUAUGUAGAGUUAGCCAAUGACCUGGAAAUCAAUAAAGCAAUUACCUAUUUGCGGCAAAAAGAUUUUAAUCAGGCUGUAGACACUUUAAAGAUGUUUGAAAAAAAGGAUAGCAGAGUUAAAAGUGCAGCUGCAACAAAUCUUUCUUUUCUUUACUUUUUGGAAAAUGAGUUUAAACAAGCAAGCAAUUAUGCAGAUUUAGCAGUAAAUUCUGACAGAUACAAUCCAGCUGCUCUAACAAAUAAAGGAAAUACCAUUUUCAUAAAUGGAGAUUAUGAGAAGGCAGCAGAGUUUUAUAAGGAAUCUUUAAGGAAUGAUUCUUCAUGCACUGAAGCACUUUAUAAUAUUGGUUUAACUUAUAAAAAACUAAACAGGUUAGACGAAGCAUUGGAUUCUUUUUUGAAGCUUCAUGCGAUCCUUCGAAAUAGUGCCCAGGUUCUCUUCCAAAUAGCAUGCAUAUAUGAAUUAAUGGAGGACCCUAAUCAGGCCAUUGAGUGGCUUAUGCAACUUAUUAGUGUUGUUCCAACAGAUUCACAUGCAUUAGCAAAACUUGGGGAACUCUAUGAUAAUGAAGGAGACAAGUCUCAAGCUUUUCAAUAUUAUUAUGAGUCCUAUCGGUAUUUCCCUUCAAACAUUGAGGUCAUAGAAUGGCUUGGAGCAUAUUACAUUGACACACAAUUUUGUGAAAAAGCCAUUCACUACUUUGAAAGAGCAGCACUUAUUCAGCCAACCCAGGUGAAGUGGCAAUUGAUGGUUGCUAGCUGCUACAGAAGAAGUGGUAACUAUCAAAAAGCUCUGGACACCUACAAGACAAUUCACAGACGGUUUCCAGAUAAUGCUGAAUGUUUACGCUUCUUGGUUCGACUCUGCACAGAUAUGGGAAUGAAAGAAAUCCAAGAGUAUGCAACAAAGCUUAAAAGAGUAGAAAAAUUGAAAGAACUAAGGGAACAGCGUGUCAGGUCUGGCAGAAAUGGCAGUGCCCGUGCCCGCAGAGAAGGGAGUGCUGGAGGUGAUCCUGGUAGCAUAACAGUUAAAGGAGAUCGUCUGAGUGCUAAAUUGAAAUCUUUGCCAGGAACAAAUGAGCCCUAUGAAAGUAGUGUUAAUAAAGAAAUAGAUGCUUCCUACCUGGAUCCACUUGGACCUCAAGCUGAGAGACCAAAAACAGCGCUAAGGAAAAAAAUGGAUGAAGAUGAGUUUGCUGAUGAAGAACUAGGCGAUGAUUUGCUUCCAGAAUAACUUUUUAGACCAGUUCAAUUAUUUUAAAAGUUUCAUAAGAAAAAAAA